ACAAAUGAAAUUUAUGAGUUACUAAACAAAAAAAUAAAUAAGAACAGCUAAUGAAACAAGAGGAAUUUGUCAUACUGAAAAAGCAUCCAGAACUAGCAAGACACGCUGGCUAAAUUCUUAGAAUGGUCUUCGAUAUUUCCUACAUUCUGCCAAUUUCGUAAUUCAAUUACCCAUUUCCAAGAUUCAUCUUUAAACACCUUAACUCAUCAAAUUUGUCUAAGUCCAAAUUUUCAUAAACGUGUCAUUCACCCUGAAAAUGACCGUUAGAAAGUAGAUCAUCAUAAACUUUUACAAGAACAAACACAAAUCAUGAACUGUUAAACCAGCCGAACUUCCUCUUUUCUUCUAGAAAAAUCUCUAACAAUUAAAAUAAUUGUGAUUUGAAAAACCCAACAACAAAACCCAGAAAACAAAAAAAAAAAAAAAAAAAAAAAAAAUGGAAUUGGAAAUCAAAGUAUUGUGGUGUAAAGGUUUAUCAUCAUUCAAUUUCUUUCAAAAACUCACAGUUUAUGCAGCUGUUUCAAUAACCUCUGAAAAUGAGAAGCUACUACUCACCCAAGACCAAAAUCAGGAACAAAAAACUAUUGUUGAUGAAGAUGGGGAUGGUAAUCCAGAAUGGAAUCAUUCCAUGAAGUUCGAUUUACGCCCUUUGAAAUCAUUCAUCCCUAAUUUUGAAGAUUUGUGUCUUCUACUCGAGCUGCGAAAUCACGGACAGUUGUUUGGGGAUAAAACUAUUGGGGAGGUUCGUGUUCCGUUGACGGAAUUGAUUCAAUCUGUUGGAGGUGAGAUUGCCAGAUUUGUUAGUUAUGAGGUGCGUAGUCCUGAAGGUAAACAUAAUGGUAUUCUUGAUUUUUCUUAUAAGGUUAUUGGUAAUAAUACAACUUAUAAUAGUGGUAAUAUUAAUUCAAUUCAUAAUACUAUUACUGGAUACAACCAUCAUCAUUGUGGUCAUGAACAAGAAUAUGAAAGUCAUGGACAUGAUAUAAAUUCUGAUACUCAUGUCAUAGGACACCAUCAUCAUCAUCAUCAUCAUCACCAUCAUCAUCAUUCACAAUUGGAUGGUAAUACGAAUUCCAAUAAUGAAUACCAUCAUCAUCAUUCGCAAUUGGAUGGUAAUAAUACAAAUUCAGAUACUCAUGUCAUACGAUAUAAUCAUCAUCAUUCGCAAUUGGAUGGUAAUGCAACAAAUAAUACAAAUUCAGAUGUUCAUGUCAUGGAUUACCAACAUCAUCAUCAUUCGCAGUUGGAUGGAUCUCCUUCAGUAGUGAUUCAGUACCCAAAGAUUGAUUUGGAGGAACAUUUAGCUCCGCCAUUGGUUUAUCCUCCUCCCUCAUCAUCAUCAUUUGCAGCAAAUUCUACCCAUUAUCCUCCUGCUUCUGCUGUAUACCCUCCGCAACCACCACAAACGUGGGCCGAUACUCCACCGCCGAUGUCCCAUUAUCCACCACCACAGCCUUAUGUUUAUCCGCCACCAACAAGGCCUCCGCCACAACAGCAACCCUAUGGGGUCCCACAUUGGGGGUAUCAAAGGCCUCCUGACUAUCAUCAUUGGUAAACAUAAUAGUCAAAGUGUUAGGAUCCAACCUCUUUCAUCAUGUAUUUUGCUUUCUUAUGUCUUUAUUUAGCUUAUGUUAAACUUUCAAUGUAUUCGUGUAAGUAGUUUAGGCGCUAGAGGAGAUUAUUGUGUUACUGUCAUUUCAGUGUUCACUAAUAUUUCUCCAUGUAAGCAAUAUAAAGCUCUAUAUGGAGCGAUGGUUGAAUGAAUGAAAAAGCUCCUAUUCGGGUUGCCUUGCUUUAA